AUGUCUUUUCAAUCUGAUCUAUUGUGUCAAGAAGAUCAGAAUUACCUUUUAGACAAUGUGGACUUAAACUUAUUCUCUGAUCUUCAAUCAAAUGAGGAGACACUAUCAAUGGAUGAAAUACAAGAACAUAAAUUCAAUAUACUUAAAAAUAUCCCCACUAAUGGAGAAUACAAUGGAGCUAAGACUAUUCUGUGCAAUGAAGAGUACAAUGGUCCUUUUGGUUUUGAGGUUGACGUACUACGUCCCAAUGGUUCUAAAAAUUCAUGGGUGUAUUCCUCAUUGUUAAAUAAGGUGUAUAUGGACAUGAAGUGCCCAUUUCCAGUAGACUUUCGAGUUACUACCAGACCACCAUUUCAUUUAUUUAUACGAAUUACUACAACGUACAGUUCGCCACAAUUCGCACAAGAAUGUGUAUACAGAUGUCCUAACCACGAAUUUAAUGGUUCUCCUAAUGAACCCUUGCACAUGAAGCCUCAUGUGAUAAAAUGCAACAACCCAGAUACGGUAUACCUAGGUGACAAAACACAGGGCGAAAGACUUAGCCUAUGCAUACCGUUCGCUUAUCCACAAACUGGUACUGAUAAUGUUAGAGAAAUGUUUGAGUUUCUUUGUAAAAACUCUUGUCCGAGUCCUGGUAUGAACAGAAGAGCCAUAGAAGUUAUUUUCACUCUAGAAGAUGCAAAUGGCGAGACACUUGGACGCAAAGCGUUGAAUGUAAGAGUUUGUUCCUGUCCAAAAAGGGACAAGGAAAAAGAUGAAAAGGACAAUUCUGGCAAGCCACCGCAGGGCAAGAAGCGAAAGAUGGAUAAAACUGGUGGAAAAAGAGUACCUGUAGCCCCUAAUGAUUUACAGGAAACUAUCCUAAAGAUUCCAGUAAUUGGAAAACACAAUAAGGACCAAAUUCUGAAAUAUGUCCAGGAUUUAUAUUCUGGGGAAAUAUUGCGUCAUGAAAACGACGCUGAAGCAGAACAUUAUAAACGAGCAUUCAACAAAAUCACUGCCAUGAUCAAGGAAAGCAGUGAGUAG